AGUAAAUAAGCUUCUAACUCCUAAGCAAUUGUCAGAUUUUUUUCAUUAUUUUUAUGCAUCUUGUCUUCAAUUAUGUUCAGUUACUAAUGCAAUCAAUUGAAUUUUUUAGGUGGUAUUCCCUAGUUUAAAGAAGCUUAUAAUUUGGGAGAUGAGGAGCUUGAUCAAGAUAUGGGACGAACAACUUGAUGAAGAUUCCUUCCGCAAACUAGAUUUCCUUCGUGUAGAAUAUUGUGAAAAACUAUUGAAUAUUUUUCCAAUUAAUAUGGUAGGGAGGCUACAUAACCUAGACGUGUUGUUGAUAAUUUAUUGUGUUUCACUAGAAGAAAUAUUUGAACCUCAAGGUCUAGAUGCUGAUGAAUCAGAAGCACAAAUAACUGCUCAAUCAGCUUUGGUGGAAACAACCCCUAAUUUUGUAUUUCCAAAAGUAACAUCUUUGGGUCUUUGGUGGCUACCUAAUCUCAAGAGUUUCUACUCUCAAAUACAUUCAACAGAAUGGCCGUCAUUGAAAAACUUGCACAUGAUUAAGUGUCAUAAAGUGCAGAUACUAGCUUCAGAAAUUCUGAGAACAAGUGGAGAGAACCAACUUGAAAUCCAAAUUGAACGCCCUCUGUUUUGGGUCAGUAAGGCUACAUUCCCCAAUCUACAAGAACUGAUGGUGGAGUGGAAUGAUGACCUCAAGGAGAUAUGGCACGGUGAUGAUGAUGUCAAGAAUGAUAUUACUUUCACCAAACUGAAGUCUUUGCAACUUAAAGGUCUUCCAAGGCUAGCAAGCUUCUGCUUAGGGAGUUGCAACUUUGAAUUCUCAUCUUUGGAAGAUGUAAUUGUGAUGGGGUGUCCAAAUAUGAUGACUUUCUCUGGGGGAGAAGUGAGUGCACCUAACCUACAGGAAGUAAAAUUCACAAAAGAUGAAGGUGUUAAAUGUUGGGAAGCUGGCCUUAACCCCACAAUAGAACAGUUGUUUGCAGAAAAGAUUGGAUAUGCUGUGGUAACACAUCUGAAACUCUGGCAGUUUCUUGGGUUGAUAGGAAUAAGGAGCAAGAAACCUCAAGAAAUCUUAAAUUUCAGUUGGCUUUGCUCUCUAGAAAUUUGUAAUUGUGGUAACUUGAGAUACUUGUUAACUCUUUCCAUGUCAUUGAGCCUUGUUUCUCUCAAAAAGAUGACAGUACAAAACUGUGAACUGCUGGAGCAAGUCAUCUCAGAAGAAGGGGCCAGCUUGAAGGACGACAUUGUUUUCACCAAACUGAAGUCUUUGGAACUUAAAGGUUUACCGAGACUUGAAGGCUUCUGUUUGGCUCAUUACAACUUUGAAUUCACAUCUUUGGAAGAUGUAAUUGUGAUGACAUGUCCAUAUAUGAUGACCUUCUCUGGGGGAGAAGUAAGUACACCAAAACUGCAUAAAGUGAAAUUAACAGGUGAUGAUGAAGAUGAAGGAUGUUGGGAAGGUGGUCUUAACCGUAGGAUACAUCGUUUGUUCACAAAAAAGAGUGUCAAUGACUCUAAAGAAGACUGAAAUUUAUGCUUUAUAAAAGCUGGUGUUGGUUUAAUCUUCAAUAUGGUCAUAUGGCUCUAGAUUUUAGUGACUGCAAGCUGCAAAUUUUCUUGGCACCUAUAAAAUAUUAUUUAGAUUUCUAAAACUAGCCUUCAGAGUUUUGAACUCCUUGUGUGACCUUGUCUUGUUAGUAUUUAAUUUCGUGUCCUGGUUUGGUAUUGUGGUGUUAAGGACAAUAUUUAAACCUUGUGUUAUCAGAACAUAUGUAUCUUAAUACAGAAAAUGUGGUGUG